CCAAACCAUCCACACGACCCAACCAAACCAUUUUGCGUACUUUGCAAUGUUGGUUUGCCUAGUAGUAGCAAUAUUAAUAUUGCUUUGCAUUUUUGUAAAGAUUUAUUGGGAUGAUAAUUCCCAGGAUUUCCAAGAAGUUCUCCCAAAAAUUUAUUGGAAAAGAAGUGGAACAAACGAAUUCAUUGUGACAAUAGGAGAAACAAAUCUCAACGACCCUUUGAAAGAUAAUGCCAGCGCUGUAGCUGAAAAUCCGGAUCACCAAGGAGAACAAAUUUUCAAGGCUGGAAUUGAAACGGCUGUUCACCAGGAAGCCUCAAGCCUCCUUUCUGACGACGAGUGGACGGAUAUUGAUGAGUGAUGAAACAAAAAAUGACAAUUAGAGCUCAAAAUAAUUUUAAAAAAAUAUUGGCAUAUGAUUAUAUUUUAAACUUUUACACAUACCCUAUCCUUUUUAAAUAUUUGUAAAA